AGCGCUUUCGCCUAGUCCGGGAGGGUGAGUUGCGGCUCUCGCUACGGCUCAGCUGCGUCUUAGCUCUACUGUAGUGGCCCUGGGCGGAGGCGGCGCCCUCAGAGUGUGGCUGGACGGACCGCCGCCGGACCUGGCAGCGCGCAGGUUCAGGACCGGGAGGCGCGGGACCUGGGCGCACCGGUCGGCACUCCGCGGCUCCCCGACGUAGGGCGGGGCGGUGCCCGCCGCGGUCACACCCCUAGCCCCGACUCGGCUCCGACUCUCCCGUGGCUCGCAGAAGCCGCAGCAGUGUGCGGCGCCCUGUCCCGGAGUUCUUGUUCCGUGUCCAUAGGUGCGAGUGUGGUGGCGGCGGUCUCGGCCACUCAGACCCGAAGGUCAUCUCCCUCUUUUACUCAUUCUGCCCUGGCUCCGGCGCUUCCCGCUAUUCUGCCAGCCCGGGGGUGGGGAAAAGAAGAGCUGGCUGUGACCUUUGCCCUGUCCUGGAGGCUCCAGCCUUGACCUGAAUGGCAGCACCCCCGCUGGGCCGCCUGGUGUUGACCCACCUGCUGGUAGCCCUCUUUGGCAUGGGCUCAUGGGCUGCAGUCAAUGGUAUCUGGGUGGAGCUCCCUGUGGUAGUGAAAAACCUACCUGAGGGUUGGAGUCUCCCCUCCUACCUCUGUGUGCUUGUGGCUCUGGGGAACCUGGGUCUCCUGGUGGUGACCGUGUGGAGGCGGCUGGCCCCGGGCAAGGGCGAGCGGGUCCCCAUCCAGGUGGUGCAGGCGCUGGGCGUGGUGGGCACGGCCCUGCUGGCCCCCCUGUGGCGGCAGGUGACCACAGUGGCGGGGCAGGAGCACUCCGUGGCCUUCCUGGCCCUGGCCUUCGUGCUGGCGCUGGCCUGCUGUGCCUCUAACGUCACUUUCCUGCCCUUUCUGAGCCGCCUGCCACCUCCCUUCUUGAGGUCUUUCUUUCUGGGCCAAGGCCUCAGUGCUUUGCUGCCCUGUGUCCUGGCUCUAGUGCAGGGUGUGGGCCGCCUCGAGUGCCCACCAACCCCCACCAAUGGCACCCCUGGGCCCCCCCUCUACUUCCCAGAGCGUUUUCCUGCCAGCACCUUCUUUGGGAUCUUGUCCACCCUGUUGGUCAUUUCAGCUGCCGCCUUUCAGGGUCUCCUGCUGCUGUUGCCAUUGCCGCCGUCUGUACCCACGGGCGGCCCAGGGCCUGGCCUGCGGGUGGGAACCCCAGGAGUGGAGAAGGAGGAAGAGGAAGAGGCCUCGCCCCUGCAGGAACCCCCCAGCCCGGUGGCAGACGCCACCCCCAGCCCAGAACCUGUGGUCCCCAGGCUACUCUCCACCCACGGCGCCUUCCUGCUGGGCCUCCUGGCUGUCACCAAUGCUCUGACCAACGGCGUGCUGCCUGCUGCACAGAGCUACUCCUGCUUGCCUUACGGGCGCCUCGCCUACCACUUGGCUGUGGUGCUGGGCAGUGCUGCCAACCCACUUGCCUGCUUUCUAGCCAUGGGUGUUCUGUGCAGGUCCCUGGCAGGGCUGGGCAGUCUUUCUCUGCUGGGAAUGCUCUUUGGGGCCUACCUGAUGGCACUGGCAGUCCUGAGCCCCUGCCCACCCCUGGUGGGCACCUCCGCAGGGGUGGUCCUUGUGGUGGUGUCGUGGAUUCUGUGUCUGGGCGUGUUUUCGUACGUGAAGGUGGCUGCCAGCUCGCUCCUGCAUGGUGGGGGCCAGCCGGCGUUGCUGGCCGCUGGCGUGGCCAUCCAGGUGGGCUCCCUGCUCGGCGCUGUGGCCAUGUUCCCUCCCACCAGCAUCUACCAAGUGUUCCGCAGCGGGAAGGACUGCGUGGACCCCUGUGGCCCCUAAGCCUCGUGUUGGGGGGGACUCUGCUCCCCCAGCCUGUAUUCAGGGUGCGGCUGCCACAGAGACUGCCUGCCCACUGCUUGGGGAGGCCCGCCUCACGUGCGGCCUGCUCACAGACAGUUGCACACUCCACAGG